AUGUCUCCAGCUUGCCGCCGCCUCUGUCCGAGCUCGAGCUCCAUCCCUACGCAAUAUUUGUUCUCACAACAUACUCUCCGUCGUCGUUACAGCAUCACAAGCGCAGAUACAGUGGCCUCCGACUUUCUCGCGAAAUCUCAAUACUCCGAUCCGUAUACACAGACCCAGGUCCUCGACGCCAACCAGCUCCAACGACUUUCCGCGACCCUCUCGCGUCCUGAGCUCGCAAAGCAUCUGCCAAAGAAUGGAACUCCCCUCCCACCCGGCUACCACCUGGCAUACUUCACGCCAUCACAAGUAGAACGGGAUUUGGGGCGCGAUGGGACGGAUACAACGUUCACCCCGCCCAGUCCCUUCACGCGACGGAUGUGGGCUGGUGGAGAGAUAGAAUGGGUUGGGCGAGCCAACAAGUUGCGCCUCGGACAAGAGGUUACGGAGAUUACGAGAUUGGUUUCUGCGAAAGGGAAAAGAAACAGCACGGGGGAGCAGAUGAUAGUUGUGGGCGUGGAAAAGAAGUUCCAGAAUGAUCAUGGUCUCGCGUUGAUCGACAAGAGGAACUGGAUAUUCCGGCCAGAGAUCCAGGCUCCCCUCACACCCACUGCGAAGCCAAAACCAGUGGCAUUUCCAGAAGGCAAGUACGUUCGGGAUUUCUGUCAGACACCGGUCACGCUGUUUAGGUUCUCGGCCUUGACCUUCAAUGCCCACAAGAUACAUUAUUCGAAGGAGUGGUGUCAGGGAUUCGAAGGACACCGUGAUCUGGUGGUUCAUGGCCCUCUGAACUUGAUAAACCUCUUGAAUUUCUGGCGCGAUGUUCGAGAGGGGGAUGCGACGCCGAAGAAGAUUACCUACCGGGCGACGAGUCCGAUAUAUGCAGGCGAAAGCUACCGGGUUAUCAUGGAAGAUGAGGUUGGCAAAGUCACCGAGGUGAAAAUCGUGGAUUCGUACGGCCAGGUAUCUAUGGUAGGUUCGGUCGAAAGCAGUUGA